UUUGUAUAGACAAGGAUGGCUAUGCAGCAACUGAUGUUUUCAAUGCGGAUUGUAUCCGUGGACUCGUAUAUGGCCGAUCCCAUACCUGGCUUGGAUUUAGAAAGAUCGGACUUUCGGAAAAGUCAAAUAAAAUCGGUACCAGUUGUGAGGGUAUUUGGAUCAACUCCGUCAGGACAAACAACGUGUCUUCAUUUACAUGGAGUGUUUCCUUAUCUCAUGAUACCAUAUUGCGGACCUGAUGUAAUGGAUUCACAUUGGACGGAAAUUGAAAGAUAUAUGCAACAGUUGGCAAUAAGUCUCGAUAGUGCUCUUAAUUCAGCAAGUGGGAAGGGAAAAUCUACUCGUCACCGCGUUUUCAAAAUAGUUUUGCUUCGUGGAAUACCAUUUUAUGGAUAUCACCAAGAUGAAGAAUUAUUUUUGAAAAUCUAUUUUUACCUACCGGGAGAUAUCAAAAGAGCUGCUGACUUACUUCAAGCUGGUGCAGUAAUGGAUCGACAGUUUCAAGCUCAUGAAGCUCAUGUUCCCUAUAUUCUUCAAUUAUUCUUGGAUUAUAAUCUAUAUGGAAUGAACUUGGUACACGCUAAAAACUCUUGGUUCAGAUUGCCUAUAGGCAAACCAGAUCCGAUUGACAAAUUACCUGAAAUCAAACGACCGGAUGAUAUUGAAAAUGAUAAUAAAGAACAACCUUCGAAUAAGACCAGCGUUAGUAAGAAAGGCAAUGACAAAGACGAUGAUUUGAAAUUGGCUGAAAAAUAUAAUGCACCGAGCAUGUCACAGCUUCAAAAUUUUAACUGGAACUUGCUAAGGGAGAAAGCCCAGAGUUCAUAUUCUCAACGUCAACCUCACGAAAACGACGAUCUCGGAGAUUCAGAAGUUCUCCCUUCUUCAUCUAUUCGAAGAGCGUCAAAAGAGGAAGAUUCUCAGAAUGUUUCUCAAGGAUUCUCAUGUUCAAAUUUAUGUAAAACACUCAUGUCUAAAUCACUCUUGUCAAAUGAUUCUCUCGAAUCUGAGGACAUGUUGAGUAAUACUCUCACAUCUUGUAUGUGUCCUCUACACACUCAAUGGACUGGCCAAAAUGUACCAAGCUCCUCAAAACUGCCGGUGCAAGUUGAGAGGCACAGCAUGUGUGAUUUAGAAGUAGACGUUCUUGCAGCUGAUAUUGCAAACAGAGACGAACUUGCAAAUGCGUCCACUAAGAAUCCAGGGAUUGCUGCAAUCUGGGAAGAUGAGAGAGCCAGGAGGAGAGAAAGAGAUGAAGAUUCUCAAGUUGCGUCAAAUCAAUCUCAAUUGAGAAACUUGCCAGAAAAUUUUUCAGAAAGAGAAGCACGUUACAUUGAGAUGUUGUAUGAUGCAUUGGAUCGUUACAAAGGAGAAAACAGUUUAACAUCUCUGAAUGAUUCUCUCUCAUUUUCUGCUUCGUUAACAUCUCGUAAAGCGUCAUCCGAAGCAGGUCCAUCUAGGAGAGAAUCAAAAGAUCUAUUUUCUCUUUCUCCUUCUGGUUCUCAACCAACAUCUUCUAAGGAAGGCAGUCAGGAUACCCUCGGAAUUUCUCCAGAGUCUGGUCUGACUCCAAUAAUUAGCCAAGAUGUUAUAUCUCAGGUUAUGAAUUCGGCCAAAAGCCAGAGAACCAGGAUCGAGAGUGAUAUGGAUGAUGAUGUAGAUAUUUCGACACUGGAACUCAUGAAUAAAUUACAUGAAGAUGAAGAAGAAUUACCAUCAGUUGCCUCACAACGAGGAAACGGCCCACUAGAUGUUGAUCAUGAGCGACAGACGCCCGAAGAUUUUGCAUUUUCUCAAAAUUCCAUCAAGAAACAGCUCUUUUUCUAUUCAAAUUCUUUAAUGAGAUGCAAACAGCUCGAAAUGAUCCAAAUAAAAGAAAUAGCAAUAAAAAACAAACUACGAGAUGGAAUCUAUGGUGCUGGUGAAGAACCUAACAAUAUUUUUGAAAAAAUGUGUUAUUCAGAGAAUGAAAAAUCUGAUUUUACUAGCGACACUAGUCCGAAGCCAAAUUUUAAAAAAGCUUGUUUGAACAAGAAAAAAUCUAACAAGCAUGAUUCUAGUCGCAGGAAAGUAAAAAAUGAUAAAAACUUGAAAUCUGAUGACUGCAAAAAUGAUUUGAAAUCAAGUCAAUCUACUGAAGAUAACGAAAAAUGUGCUAUUAUUAAAAGCAGAUCAGAUUCAUCGAAAGAAAAUUCUAGUUUAAGUAACCAGUUACUUGUUAACAAUGAUAUCAACAACGCUAAAACAAGUGAUGAUGCGAUCAAUAUUUUGGAAACAAAAGACAAGUUGCUCAUGGAAACAUCCUCCACAGUAAAGAAACCCAAAGGCAGGUCACUAAGUGAAUCAGUGUUAAUGAAAGUUGAACCGAGGACUAAUGUAUUCACUACAAUUCUCAAUGAGAAUCCUGGUGUCACUUUGUAUGAUCAAACGAAAGCAAAACCUCAAAAAUUUAAGCAUUCUGCCAUAAUCAAUCUUGAUUCGUUGUCGACCGGUGAUGGUAAAAAUAUUUGCUCCCUCGAUGAUACGCUUGUAUGUAUUACGUCGACACCUGUGGAACAUGAAGCGAACGUAGAAAUUGACAAAUCUCCAUCAAGAAGAACGAGGAAAAAUACUAAAAAAGAGAAGGAUUCAAAAAGGUCUACCAGAACAAGAAGACCAAGAUCAGCGUCUAAGAAUACGUAUCUUGAAGAUCCAUUAUAUGAAACAGUUUUUGAUUCGGACUGGGACUCUGACAAAAGUGAAACAUUCGAACCCAUUGAAACAGCGUAUUCUUCCAGACGUACCAGAAAUAGGAGAGCAAAUGAUUAUAGGAGGAAAAGAAGCAAGAAACCUAAAGUUAUUACAAAAUGGAUCAUUGUUAACAGAUUCAAAGGACAGUCUAAUAUGCGAGUUGCAUUGUGGAAACUUCCUCUAACAAAAAGAGUAAAAUUAACUCCUGAACUAUUACGUCUUUAUGAGUUUUACUCACCCAUAAAAGGAUCAGAAAUUUCACAGAAACCCCCAUCCAUUCCACUACAAAACAAACCAAGGCCUAUGGGAAAACGAAGCAAACAUAGACUUGCUAUUUUAUGUCCAUUUGGUCCUCAAUCGGACGACAACAAUUCACCCAUAAGAGUACAUUGUAGUCAAAUUUCCAGCUUAGAAAAUAUUGAAGCAAUCGUUUCUGGGAUAUCGACCGAACAACCACCUUUGACCCCACUCAAAAAUAUAUCGUCUGUUAAGCCUAAGUGUACGAGUUCUUGUUCUCCUAAGAUUGAAGUGAAGUCAUCUUUGCCAGAAAAAGUUAUUGGUGUUGAAAAUAUGGAAUUUGAAAAUUUGUCCGAGAAAAAAUCGGCCUCUGCUGCUUCAAUAAAAAUUGUGGAUUCCUCUGGUAAAAAUAAUACGAUAGAUUUCGAACAGAAGCAUACUUCUCAAACUGAUGAAAAAAGCUUGUCUUCCGAGUUGUGUGAAAAAUUACUUGAUGAUAACACAGUUUCUUUAAAAGUCGCUGAGCUAACAAAAGUAUCACCUUUGAAUGAUUUACUAAAUAGCCACAGCGUUUCCUCAAAAACUUCGUUUAAUUUAAUUCAGCACUCAACAGAGAAAUUGGAAGAUAAAAGUGACGCUGUAUUGAACAAUAAAUUCACAGAGAAGGAAAAAGUUUGUCCGGUGGAUGUCAAAAUACCCAUGGAUGCAGGGAAAAAGAAUGAAGAGCAAAAUGUCGACCAACCCGAAGAAACUGUUUUGGACGAAUGGGAAGAUCUAGAUGAGGAUCUUCCUAUUGCAGUAGCUUUUGCCAGAGCUUCGGCUAAGUUGAAUAAAAUUUCGACUUCUGAAAAAAUUAAAACUGAUUCAGAAUUAAAUCUAGCUAUACAGGCACAAAUAGACAUAUCAGAGAAUGUUGUUAAGAAAAAUUCAGAAUUAAUAGAUAAACAGCGAAAAUCGAAAUCUGGCAACACUGAAACCAACGAUAACCAAUCCGAUAUAAACAAUGUGAAAAUGACAAGUUCAGAUUUGCCAGUUUCUUUGCUGUGCUCUGAAAAACUGUCAGAUAUGCCAGGGGAUUUCACUGUGGAAAACAAAGAAAAAAUUGCAACAGGAGAGAAUCUGAAAACAAAAUUAGUUGAAACUAUCAAUGAAGAAGUUAUCAUUGCCAAAACAUGUCCAAUAUUAACAAGUAUUUUUACAAAAUCGUCAAAGCCUGUUGUAAAAAAGACUGAAAAUAGGAAAAAAAACGUCAAACCAAAAAAAGAACCAAAACGGAAACGAAGCUUGGUGAAAUUAAAUAGAGCUUCUCCUUCACCACCAUUAGUCGAAAAUAAUCGUCUUAGUAAAUCGAUUGUGCCUGUCAGCAGUCGUACCGUUGAACCCCUUUGCAACAGAAUAUCACCUGACAUAGUUACAUCGUUGAAAAAUAGUCUAGAAUCUUCGGUUGAAACUCAGGAAAAUGAGCGUUCACCUGAUUUCAAUAUGAAUACGUUAGGUGCUGAAAAAUUAUCACCAAGAAAGUCAAAAAAAGUAAAUCCAGUACAAGUGACUCUUAUGCCACAUAUAGGAAAAUUGUCUCCACCUACUAGAGAGAAAAAAUCACCGUCAGAAACUGAUACUGCUUCCCCGAUGUCUUCUCCUGAAAAGAAAGUACCGUUGCCACAAACUACAACCAAAAGGGUCUAUGCUCCAAGCAGAAAAGUGACAAGGAAUAGUGUUGCUGUGAAACUAAAACAAAUAUCAGCUCCGAAAUGCAUGUUUAACACCAUAAGCGAUGAUAGUAUGGAUCCUGCUCCCAAAAAUGCUCUGCUGUAUACUGGGUUUCCGUCCCCUAUUCUGGACCCUCCAUGGCCUGACAUAGAACCACCAAGACCAUGGUCUCCUAUGCAUGCUCCUGUGACCAAUAACGCCAAUAUUCAAGAUAAUGAAGAAACUGAAUCUGAUGACUUAUUGGAGUCAUUUGCAGAAUCUUUUGGUGCUGAUGCAACAAAGAUUUUGGGUCUUGAUGAAUCGGUUUUCAAAAAUAUGGAUUGUAUUGAUCAAUUGAUUAAUGAUAACCAGAAUACAGAUGCAACUCAAGAAGCUGACGUCGUUUUGAAUACGAAAGAAGAAGAUGACAAGUUACUGAAACAUUUUGAUAAAAUAUUAGAAAACGUCUCUACCAAUGUCAAGUCUGCCUCUAGUGACCAACUAUGCAAAUCAGAAACCCCUUUCGACGCAUUUGAGGAAGAGACUCUCAUGGAAUUUAUCGAUGAGAUGACUUCUCCUACUCAGAUACUUGACUCCACCUUAUCCGAAUCACUCGAUGCAUCUUUACCUAUGGCUCCCACCCCUACUCAAGCUAUAAUGGAGUCACGUACUACCCCACCUCAAAAGACAAUUUCACCAGAUGCAAAUAAGCAGUCUAAUUCUAUGACUUCUACACCAUUACCCCCCAGUUUACCCUCUAAAACUGUUGUGCUUCAUAAUCAACCCGUAAGACCAGCGUCUGUUUUAUCUGUUACAAUGCCCCAACAAGUGCAAUCUUUUCAUGAGCGCAAUAUUAGUUUGGUAGCUUUGCAAAAUCAAACUUGUAUUCCUCCACAAGUGCCCAAUGUAAUGACAUCGAUACAUCAAACCUUGCCUCAGCGGCCAGCUAGUGUAUUUGGCACUCACCCACAGCACCCAAUGGAGUGUCAGAAACAGUGCUAUAGCCACAGACCACAAAGCUGCCGCCCUGUACAGCAUUUACCUGCCAUGCAACAUAAGCCCCAACUUCAGAGACCAGCUAGUGCGCUGGGACAAUGGUCUGGUAUGAGGGAAUCUCAUUCUCAGCCGACUUGUACUGAAAAUCAUUUUAACAUGCGAAAUAACAUGGUAUCUCCUAAUUAUUUUCAUUACAACGCUGAUCAACACGCUCAAAAAAAGCCUGAUAGUAAUUUUUAUGCGAAUAAAAAUGCUUCCUCACAGCCUAUGAUACAUCCUAUGUCUUCUUACACACCAACCCCACCACCUAUUCCGUACCAAUUUCAUAUGGAUGGAGGCCCCAUGCCAAUAGAACCCCCUUUGCAAGUGUUCCAUACCCAUGUACAUCAUCACCAUCAUGUACAUUCUAUAAAUAAUCAGCCCGAUGCCGUUAACAAUGGCCCAACACCGGCUCAACCAAAACAUUUACAGCCCCCAAAAGUGAAAACAGAAAGGAUACAACAGAAUGUAAAAAUGGAAAAUAAUCCCAACUCACCUUGGCCUAAUUUGCAAUCAACUGGGAAAGUCACACCAGUUCAAGCCAAAGGUUUGAAACCACCAGAAAAGCCAAGAACUAAAAAAGCCAAUUUCUAUGUUCCUAACUCACCCUUUCCAUAUCCUACAACAAUUUCACCAAUACAGACUGGACCUAAAGGGCUCGUUCAGACUUUGACAUAUGUUGAAACCACGAUGGCACAGACUUUUGCCUCUGGUUCUCAAAGUGGAAAGCAACGCUUUCUUGCAUUUGCAGGUGUAACACCAACACAACACCCUACAACGACUAUCCUAACCCAAGCAUCAGCUUCAAUGAACCAACAGAUGGCAAUAGAAGUUCCAUCAGUUCUUUUAAAAGGAAGUUGUCAGUCUGAGCAUUAUCAAGGUUUUUUCGAAAAGAGGCAAGGCAACUCUGCACCAAUGGUAUCUCGACCCAAAAAAAUGUAUAAACCUAGGUCCCGUAGUCGUCCACAAAAUGCUAGAAAUGUUUGGGACCCAACAGUACCUUUGCCAACUUUGGAAAACACUGACGUAGCAAAAGAACAACAGCUGACUGCGAAAACCCCAUAUGGAUUGAUGAAACAAAAUUCACUGGUAGCACUAAAAAAUCGCUCAGUUGUUGCCGCCAGCAUUCCAGAAAGAAAACGCAAAACAAUAUCGGAUUUUAGAACCCCACCCCCAAACACGCCCACUAUUUCUUUAAGUGGGAAUUCAACAACUCCCAUUGUAGAUUCCAAUGCUGAAGCUUUUAAUCUUUCUCAAGAUAUGUUCCAAAGCAAAUCAGUAUUACCUAAUCAAAGCCAAAGUGGUAUUCAAAUCCAGCAAACUCAGAAGUCUGAAGCAUUUUCAACGUACAACUUUACAUUUGUUUCAAAUAACGCAACAAAGACGCCCAUUGACAACAAUGAUUGUAAAGGAUUAAAAUUAACUAUUUGCAAGAAUAAUGUGCAAAAACAAUCUAAGAUUAAUAAGUCUCGUCAAAGGCAAACUACAUCGCAAUUUCAGAAAUUAGAUUCAGACAAUCGACCUAUUCCUAAUUCGGGAGAAGAGCUCAUUUUGAAUUUUGUAACAGGAGAAUGGGAAGUCGCUCCUGCAGAAAAAUCUCCCGAAGAAACAAGAAUUUUGUCUCAACCAAAUCAAGAUAUUGUAGCAGAAACAGACUUCAAAUUUCAAAUGCUCCCUACUCUGCCAAAAGGAUCCACUAUUUUGGGCGUGUCUAAUCCAGCGAACUUAUUAAAGAAAUUGCACAAAGAUCUUCCUAAAAGAGAAGUAAACCCAGAGCAAAUCGCUAAUGAUGAUAUAGAUGAUUUUGCUGUUGCAAAAAGAAGAAAAAGAACAUGCCAAUCCGAUCCUUCGGAGAUAAAGCUGAAUGCCAAAUCAGAAUACAGAGUGUCUUCUGUUGAUUUAUUUUCAGGUUCUCCAAAAUUAACACUUAAAAAGACUUCCAGCGCCUCAAGAGGCAAACCUCAACUUUCGAAACUCGUGUCGGCUACAGAAUCAGAAGAAACGAGCGCAAGACAUGCAAAAUGCAAGACAAAAUCUGUUGAUGAUACGGAUAGCUCCGAUUCUGACUUUGCUCCAAGUGAAAGAAAAAAGCAAAGGCGCCUUUCGAAAAAUAUAAAUUCUGAUUCAGACUCUGACUUUAUCAUUAAUGAUGAGCCAGAAAAUAUUGACAACACAUCAGAAGAUGCUGGAAAAACUGAAAUACUUCAUACAAUGACAGAUAAAGUAUCCCUCGAAAAGCACAUGUCUAAUAUACAAAACAUAUAUGUCUUGCAACCAAAAUUUAUUCCACAGAGUAUAUUAGUAGAACUAGAUGUAACGCUGUUGGAAGCAGCUGUUAUUGCCUUAGAUAAUAAAGUCACAGAGCAAAAACAUGCAACUGUUCGUCAGUUUGGGGGUAAAAAUUCUCGUGAAAAACCCGCUAUGUCAAAACGGAAGAUUACACCUAUUUCUACUACUAGAAGUAAAAGUAAAAGUGAAAAAUUAUCACAUUCCAAAUCUAAUGCAUCAGAAACUGAGAAAAAGAUCAAAGUUGACGAAACUCAUAAUAAAGAAACAUCAGCUCCUAUACCUCCUCUAAAAAUUUUCCGACGCGGGAAAAGAUUGAGUACUGAGCGUGCAGCACUCAAAUCUGGAGUUGAUGUAUCUCCUGCAGAAAAGGCUUUCUCUGCAAUCGGUGACGUUCUUUGUAAUACCCACUGUAACACACAAGAAAACUUAGAGAUAAGUGAUAUGACAGAGAUUCGGUCUCUUCUGGAGCAAUGUUGUGAUUCUGUUGCUAAAAAAAUGCAAGUCGAAAUCAAAGAGCAAAUAGAACUCAAUUCCAAAAGCGAAAAGGGGGCAAAGGAUGACUCUCCUGAUUUAUUCCUGUCUGAUAGUUCAUUAAUUAAUAUUGGCGUCAGCAAAACUGUGAAUGAUGUACCCAACAUUGUUUGUACGAGACAAACAACCCAAAUCAGAAUGCAAAUGAAGAAAAGUAGUGGUGAUAAAACGGAACCCUGCGGCACACCCAACAGCCAUAACAUGCAAAACGAUAAAUCUGACCAAGAUGGAGAAGACAUUGUUGAUCCACCAAGUCCGCCAGAAAAGAAGUCACGUAGUGCACGACAAAGUUGUUCUUUUAAAGAUAUGAAACAUGUUUACAAACCAGCAAUAAAACCACCAUCAAGGCAGCAAGUUAUGUCUGAUGUUAGUGAACUGGGGUUGGCAAGUGACUCUACUUCAAAACCACCAUUUUAUGGAGAUGCCAGUGAUGCUCAAAGUACAUGCCAUAGACUGACAAAUCUUGCCCCUUACAUCAAGAAACCAAAACCGAUAAAAACCCUCCAAGAACUAGAAGAAUAUCAAUCAAAAUUGCCAAUCGAAGGCGGCCUUCACCAUCAUAUGGUUAUGGCAACUGCUUCGACACAAUAUACUUCUAGUGAAAUUGCAUUUUUGCGACAAAGGGCUUCGGAUAUACUGCCACCUAAUGUUCGGGUAUGGGAUCACCUGGACGCUGUCACAAAACUUCCUCAAUAUCCUGACUUGAUGAAGAUAUUCCUGCAGGAUUCCGAAAAACGUGAAAUUUUGCUGCGGCCUGCACUAAAGCCACCUACUCGAAAAGAAGUAGAAAAAUGGUUGGAUGAAAAACGUGCCAGAAAAUUGGCACAAAACAGUGAACCCAAAUCAGAAAAUAAACCAGAGGAGAAAAUUGAUGUAGUUGAGUUAACAACUAUGAGUGUAAAUCAUGCUACAUCAACCCAGGAUUUACUUUUUGAGAUAACACCUAAACCCGCAUUACGUAGGUCAAUGUCUCUAACAUCUCCUUGUACAAGUGGGAAAAACUUGAGCAGACGUCGAAGAGUUAGUUUUGACCUUUCAAAUAUAAGCCCGGAAAAUAACAAGACAUUUUCUCCUGUUCAAACGAGAUCACAACGAUUUAAAAAACGUAAAUUAGGCACAAUUGUAGGAAGUCCUUGCAAACGAACUAUAAAUAUUGAAAAUUCACCAUUAACCGCAAAAGACCUUCCUUUUGCCAAUCUCACUUCCCCAAUUCAAAGUUUAAAUCGAACAAGCUACUUGUUGAAUAGUUUAAUGCCCUUCAGUACUUCACCUUCGUUUUUAUCAUCUGUAAAUGUACCAGUAACGCCAGAAGGAAGCAGCACUGCUAUCAAGACAUUAGUGGGGUCAUCUGACACAGACAAAACAUCCCCUUUAACUUUUUUAAUAUCUGGGUCCUUCACUCCACCCGAUUCUUCAACACAGGACCCUAAGUUGAAGAAUCGAGAUGAUCCCCUAUUGUCGUCACUUAAAAAACUACCUCAAAGUACUCCUAAUGUUACUGGAACACGUCAAAGGAAACAUGCACUCAGAAAACUGGCAUUCACACCUAUUAAAACAAGUUUUACCGCUUCAAAAGAGCAAGAUACUCCAAUGAAGGAGCGAACUCCACCCCGUUUAUCAAGGGAGACAUCACCAGUAACGAAAACGUCUCAGGGUACCCCAACCACCAAAACAAGCUUACGAAAAAUUGUCCUGGCCAAACAGUUUCAACCACCCAGCACAGUGAAUGAUCUAAAACUCCCAUCUACUGAAGUGAAAGAACACUGUUCAAAACAUUCUUUACGUAAUAGUCCUUUAGUAAUGGAUACGCCACAAACAACUACAAAGAAAGAGGGAUCUCAAAUUGAUGGACCUACUCUUGACAAUACAUAUGGUUUCAAAGCUGCUCAACAACAUCUUGGAGAUGCAAAAUCGCUGCAUAUUGUACAACAUAUAAAAACGUUGAGCAUUGAACUCCAUGUGAAGACUCGGAUUGACCUUCGACCUGAUCCAGACAUGGACGAAAUCCGCUGUUUAUUUUACUGCCUGGACAGUGAUUCCUGGACAGGGACAUCUCAAGGAAUGAAAACCGGGGCUAUUAUAGUUGAUAUUGACUCCGUUAAAAAGGAAUCUGAGAUGCCAGAUAGUCAAAAGCAAUCGACUUCGAGAUUGGACACAACAACAUCGAUUUCUAGAGAAUUAUUUAAAAAAUCCGGCAUCACUCAUAUUGACACUUUGUAUGUGAGAACUGAGGCUGAAUUGUUCUUACUAUUCGCUCAAUUAAUACAUGAGUGGGAUCCCGAUAUUUUAGUCGGUUAUGAAGUACAAAUGUUGUCUUGGGGUUUUCUAUUCCAACGUGCUGCUCAUCUUCGAUGUGAUUUAUGUCGUGCAAUAUCUAGAGUACCAGCAGAUGAACAAAGAAAUCGACAUGCGGCUUCAGGAGAUGCUUUCGGUGCAGACAAUGCAUCUGAAUUGCAUGUCGUAGGAAGGUUGGUACUAAAUUUAUGGAGAUUGAUGAAAACAGAACUGGCUUUGUAUGAUUAUACUUUUGAGAGUGUUGCAUAUCAUCUCUUACAUGAGAGACAUCCAUCCUACGACCAUCAAACACUAACAAACUGGUACGAUCCUCCAUCUCGGGGUGGACAAGUAACAUUUUCUCAUAUUCAUCGGUGGCGAGUCAUUGAUUAUUAUGUAACGAGAGUUCGAGCUAAUUUACGACUUCUUCAACAACAAGAUCUCGUUGAUCGUACUUCUGAACUUGCUCGUCUAUUUGGAAUUCAGUUUUAUGAUGUUUUGACGAGGGGUACUCAGUUCAGGGUUGAAAGCAUGAUGCUGCGCACCUCAAGAGCUCACAAUCUUGUCGCCGUUACUCCUAGUACGUUGCAACGAGCACAGAUGAGGGCCCCAGAAGUUAUUGCUCUAGUUUUAGAACCUGAAUCCAAAUUUUACCAUGUACCUGUCCUCAUUCUGGAUUUUCAAAGUCUUUACCCGUCUAUGGUCAUAGCUUACAACAUCUGCUUUUCAACUUGUCUCGGAAGAGUAGAGCAUUUGGGAAGUGAUGCUGUGUUUACUUUCGGUUGCACAUCUUUACGAGUUCCGGCCAAAACUCUGAGUAAACUUCUUCGAAAGAACUUGAUUACGAUCAACCCCAGUGGAGUCGCAUUUGUAAAAUCAUCAGUACGAAAAGGAGUGAUGCCUCAAAUGCUUGAUGAAAUCUUGACCACUCGAAUCAUGGUGAAAAAUUCAAUGAAAAAACUCAGACCUGCAGAUUCCGCUAUAAAAAGAAUGCUCGAUCACAGGCAGCUUGGAUUAAAAUUGAUUGCUAAUGUUACUUAUGGUUACACAGCUGCAAAUUUUUCUGGAAGAAUGCCUUGUGUAGAGGUUGGGGAUAGUAUUGUUCACAAGGCUCGCGAAACUUUGGAACGUGCGAUACGUCUUGUCACUAGAAAUUCUGAACGAUGGUGCAAUGCAAGAGUUGUAUAUGGUGAUACUGACAGUAUGUUUGUCGCCCUCGAAGGCUUCAACAAUUCAGGUUGCUCCAAAGAUAAAGCUUUCAAGAUUGGUAAAGAAAUUGCAGCGGCAGUAACAGCAGACAACCCAACACCAGUCAAGUUGAAAUUUGAAAAGGUAUAUUUGCCAUGCGUGCUCCAAACGAAGAAACGUUAUGUUGGAUAUUCGUAUGAAACAGAAGAUCAGGUUGAACCCAUGUUCGAUGCAAAAGGUAUUGAAACUGUAAGACGAGAUGGCACUCCGGGAACGUCUAAAAUUUUAGAGAAAAUGCUCAAAAUUUUGUUCAACACAAGAGAUGUUUCUCAGGUUAAGAAGUAUGUUCUUAAACAAUGCUCAAAACUUCUCGAUGGUAAAACUACGCUUCAAGAUUGCAUUAUUGCAAAAGAGUAUCGCGGCAAACAGUACUACAAACCAGGAGCUGUUGUACCAGCGUUGAAUAUUGCAAGAAAGCUUAUCGCUAUGGAUAAAAGAGCAGAGCCCAGAGUUGGAGAAAGAGUACCCUACGUUAUUGUCCAUGGGGCACCAGGGACCCCUUUAUACCAACUUGUGCGUUCACCAUUAGAAGUGUUAAAGGACCCAUCCUUGCAUUUGAAUGGCGCUUACUACGUCUCAAAACAGCUUUUACCAGCACUGGACAGAGUUCUCAGUUUACUGGGAGUGGAUGUUUUCUUAUGGUACAGACAAUUACCAAGGUCUGUUAAUAUUGCACACAAUCCUAUCUUGGAUAGCAGUCAAAAUGUGGCUGGCAAAAAGGCAACCAUUUCACAAUUUUUCAAAUCGAAGCAUUGUUUGAUGUGUAAAAAUCUUUCCAUCAAAUCAAUUUGUGAUGAAUGUCUUGCAACUGAUAAUUCACGAAGACAAGCGACAGCAAUUUCACUCAACAUGGAAGCCAAAGCAUUAGAGCAGAGAAGAUAUCACACUGAGCAGGUUUGCAUGCAAUGUACUGGCUCAGAGUCAUCUUCUGAUAUCCGAUGCGCUUCACUGGAUUGUCCUAUAUUGUACAAACUACACAGAGCAAUUGAUGAUUCGUCAAAAGCAAAAGUUAUUCGCAAGGUGUUAGCUGCUGAAGAUAUGAUGAUGUAACUGAACUUUUCAUAUUCGCAAUCAUGUU